UUGCCGCUGGGGUACCAGGGGGAAUCGUGCACACACACACACACAUACAUCCACCCGGCAUGUACUAUCGGGUGUCCGGGUGGCUUGUCAGGGGCACUGUUCCGCGGGGAUCAGUUUUUAAAUAGGCAUCGCUCGCCCGGCUGCUCAGUCAGUAUACGGUGGAACGUUGCGCGGUCAAAAGCUUGCUGAACACGCGCGUGUGUGGGCGUGUGCGUAACAACGAUCGCGAUAGGCAGAUCUUGGAGUGUCCGCUCCGGCCACUGGAGCUACCACGUCCGUAACCGAAACCUGCGCCAUGUGCGAAUUACUCUCUCGCGUUGCGCUCUAGUUUUCUUCCCCGAUUCUCUCGUUGCUUUGGUGUGUGACUCCAAAGUGACUUCUGCAGAACAUUAACUGUGUGUGUGUGUGUGUGUGUGAGAGUGAUCCGCGUUAAAAAGAAAAGAGUGAUAGAAUGCCCUCCGCAAGCAAGGACAAAAUCUUCGGCCCGUGGAACCGCAGCGAAAGUACGGGCAACGUCGUGUACCUCUCGAACAACAACACGGCCGACAAUUUGGCGAAAAUGUUUUCCCGCACGGCUCCAUCGAGUCCGCGAUGGACACCGUACGGCUCGCGGCACAAUUCGCCCCCGAUGCCGAGCUCGCCGCUGUCCUCCUCGCCGCCGUCGACGCUGCGUCGCAACUACUCCAGCACCUUCACGCUCAUCCCCGAGGAUCGCGAGCUGGAGACUGUGGCGCCGUCCGCACCGCCAUCAACGGCUGCAUCCACGGCAAAAGCCCCGGCAUCCCAGCAGCGCGUGUCGAGCGGGCGCAUCUUGCUGCGGCUGGUGCUCUGGUGGCCGCUGCUGCUGAUUGCCGUCGCCCAGCGGCUGCUCGGCUGCUGCAUGGCGCUGGCCUGGAAGCCGUUCCUGCUGUCGGCACCGGCCUUCUGGCUGUCCGCCUGCCUGUGGAUGUUCUGGAAGCUGAUAGCGCUGCCGCUGGCCGGCCUGAAGUGGGCCCUGGUAGCGCUGCACACGCCCGCCCACGAGCGCAACCGCCGCAAGCGAACGAUCCUGAUCAGCUGCGGCAGCACGAUCCAGACGCUGCAUCUCGCGCGCAACUUCUACAAGUCCGGUGCGCGCGUCGUCGUGUUCGAGUUCGAGGGUCUGUUCGCGCUCGCCCGCUUCUCGACCGCCGUCAGCAAGUUCUACGCGAUCCAGCGGCCCACGCCCGAGACGGUCGGCGAGUACAUAGCGGCCCUGUGCGAGAUCGUGGAGAAGGAGCAGCCGACCCACUACAUACCGGUGUGCGCCACGAGCCCGGCGCACUACGAUGCCCUCGCCAAGCCGCACCUGGAGCUGCGCGGUUGCUCCAGCUUCAUCCCGGGCGCGCAGGAAACGUCCGUGCUGGACGACAUCCUGCAGGUGAUGCGCAAAUGCGAAGCGAACGAGAUACAGCUCCCGCCGCACCAGAUCGUGUCGUCGAAGGAGGAACUGGCCCGCCUGUACGACGGCGGCUGGCUGGCCGGGUUCCGCAACGUGAUGGUCGCUUCCGGGGCGCUAGGGCUGCUCGAGCGCAGCAAGUACGUCCUGCCGGCCAAUCGGCGCGAUUUGCGCCUCAACUACGAGGUGAGCGAGGCGCAAAAGUGGGUCGUCAUACGGGACGUGAUCGGGUCGCACUACGUCACCUGCACCACGGUGAAGGAUUCGGCCGUGAUCGCGAACGUGACGUGCGCGAUCCAGGCGGACACGCGCAGCCUGGUGCCGGAGGAGAACGCCGCGAUCGACCGGUGGCUGCAAGAGUUUUUCCGCCGCAUACGGCUCCAGCGCCCGAUCAACGGGCACAUCAGCUUCCGGCUGGUCAAGUGCCAGUGCAGCGGGCAGAUACUGCCCCUCGGCAUACGGGUCGGCGUGUCGCUGCCGUACAUCUGCUACACCGGCGUGCACUCGCGCGUGCUCUGCAAGCCCUGCCCGCACUUUAGCCGGCAAAACUCGGGCCCGCUGGUGCAGGAGGGCGGCCGCUACUGGAUCCACGAGACGGUGCUGAACGCACUGCGAAGGCCGAGCGUGGACGCGGUCCAGCAUCUGAUCGGCACGGUGAUCGACCAGCGGGAGGCCCUGUUCGUCUACUGGGAUCCGCUGCCGUACUGUGCGUACUAUCACUUCCAGCUGCCGUUCAACUCCGUCAAGCGCUUUCUGCACAAACGGCAAGCCUCACGCACCUCCGUACCUGCGAUGGCCGCACCGGUCCAGUGAGUCGCCAGGUGGCGGGAGCAGCAGCAGUGUUGCUGGUGAUGGUGGCUCCUCCCGGGGACUCCUUGAGAUGACAUCGACGAGUGAUAGAGUUUAAAGCAAAAACCGCAGCGCUCUGAUUGUGUUCGAAGAUGUAGGCGCGCGCGGGCGCACACACGCACCAGCACGCUGAUCACGAUGAUUAACACGUGUAAGCUGUGCUGCUGCCUGCUACCGCUGUUGCUCCUUUGCCGCAAGAGGGAGCCGGGCGAGGGAGCAACAGGUCGAACGAAAUCAAAAACAUCCUUGCGGCCAAUCUUGCCCAAUGUGCCGAUGUGGCGGGCGAGGGCAAAACCAAUCGAACCGGAACCACCACCUACCACUACCACGACAACGAUGGCAGGGCGCAGACCAGAGCAAAAGUGAUUACAAACAUACAUAAGCAUGGAGAGAGAAUCAAUAGACUUUGAUCGCGGUUACGGGCGGGCACGCGGUGACACGCGGGCCCGCGUGAUGGGCCGGCUUUGCGGGAUAUAUGUAACAUUUGGCUCGGCGAGUCAUGUGUGUGUGUGUGUGUGUGUGUGUGUGUGAGGGGGAAGUUGAUAGGCUAGCGAGACAAAAGGCAACCGCCAUGAUCAGAAUAAGUUUUUAACAGGCAAACGUUGGGCGCUAAAGUAGAUUCAACACUCUCUCACACACACAUGCUAGUUUCAUAGCAAAAACUAAUACCCCGUCUUAGCUUUGUGCAUAAUACUUACUGCUCAGUUGGGCCGAGCGGCAAAUUAGAUGCAUCGUUCUAAAACCGAUGAAUAAGCCGCACAUUCAAGCUUAAGAGGGAAAGAAGAGGGUGGCGAUUGUGCAGUCCCGUCCCGUUCCUGUUGCUGGGCAACAGGCAGUGCGACGUGUGGGACGUGCCGGAUGCCGCGUACUCCAAAGUACGAGAGACAACAGACAGGGUACUGGGCUGCAGUUAAAAAUAACCAACCGUGCGCUGGUGCGCUUAUCGCUUGGGCGCAGGUCAUAGGUUAGAGCAACAUGUACUGUUUCGUUUGAAACUCACCGUUUUUUGGGAGCUUUUUGUUGAUUGUUGUUUGUUGUUGAUCAAUCUAUGCGAACGCUCUUCCAGAGGUUUCAAUUAUCCUAUCUUAAUUUCGCUUCCCGCUUAGCAAAAGCGAGCGUGGGUAGCAAUGUGUAGGCCGUUAUCGGCCCCAUGGUAGGUUAGACACAUCGUGGCGCACAGCAUGCAACAGAGUGCGCAAACGUUAGGGAAACGUGCAUAUAGAAUUAAAGUGUACAUAUAGAAAUAAAAUGUAAAAAUAAAAUUAAAAAAAACAUGUGGAAUCCUACAAAA